CUAAAAUGCAGCAGUAUUCACAUAUGCAUCUAUGUACGCGUAAGAUACAACGCAAGACAACCCUUAAUCGCAGGUUCUCAUAGAUACGUCUCUGAUCUUUGCAGGAAUAAAAUGCAACAGGAAAAUGCAAUAGGAAAGUAUACGGAACCAACGCAGGAAGACGGACCAGAAGGCAAGAUCAUCUUUAACAAAGUGACUGAGGGCAGACACAUGUAUGUGUAUAUCAUAGUAUGUACAUGUAUAUCUCUUUAUAGAGGAUCCAGGGAAUUACAGUUGUAUAGCUUGUCGGCCUCCAUGGAAAAGUUGAGAUCAUUUCCUGUGAGAAUCAAUCAUGCAGGACCAAGCUGCUGAGACAUUACUGGAUGUUGUUACACCAAAUUUUGUACAGUAUAAAGAUGCUCCUGCAGUUAGGUUUGAUGAUGGAGAGGCCAUUGUAGUGUCUACUUACUCACAACUUCAGAAGUCAACUGAAAAGAUAACAGCUGCACUGGAGAGGUUUCAUGUAAAGGAUGAAAUUGUUGGUGUUUGUAUUCCACCAUCUCACAACCUGCCUUCUGUUCUCCUUGGUGUGCUGGGGAGUGGAGGAGCCUUUUACAACUUUGAGCCAAACUGUGUGAACUUUGUCCAGCAUGUUAUCAGGGAGAUGGGUAUUCGUGUUGUGCUAGUUGACCCUGAAAACUUACAGAAGUUGGAGCCUAUGCUGCUUGGGUUUGAUGCUGUGACUGUAAGUGAUGCAGGGAUACGGGACAUAGGUUUGAUGCUGGUCCAGCUUCAGGGAACACACUGUAAACACACUGGGAGUCUAGCCUACUGCAUCACCACCUCAGGCACAACUGGUACACCAAAGAUAGUACGAGUACCACACCAGUGUAUCCUACCUAACAUCAUGCAUCUCAGAAAUAUUUUCAAGAUUAAAGACAAUGACCUCAUAUUCUUAAGCUCUCCUUUGACCUUUGACCCAAGUAUUGUUGAUGUUUUCCUGGCCUUGGGAAGUGGUGCAUGUCUGUUGAUAGUCCCACACACUGUAAAGAUGAUGCCAAGGUCUCUGCUGAGUAUGCUGUAUUACCGUCACAAGGUCACCUACCUACAGGCCACUCCAUCCCUGGUGUCUAGAAUAGGAUCAGAAGUUUUGAAGAAGACGUUGCUUGGAAGUUCCUCUCAGCUCAGAACUCUUGCUUUUGGAGGAGAGAAAUUUCCUUCAAUAUCCCUAAUCCAGAAAUGGAGAGCUCCUGAUAAUUCAACAAAGUUUUUCAACCUGUAUGGUACCACAGAGGUGUCAUGUUGGUCUACAUGCUAUGAAGUGACUGACAGGGACUUUAGUAACCUGACUGAUGACAUACCUUUGGGUCAACCUCUGAAGGAUACCAUAGUAACAGUUCUUGAUAAUUGUGGUAGGGAGGUCCUCAAUGGCAGGGGACAGCUACACUUGGGUGGAAUAAAAAGAAGGCAAUGUUACUUGGUUGGAGAAGAAGCAGACUCAGGACAAUCAAUAUUACGGGCAACUGGUGACACUGUUGCCAUCAACAGUAAAAGGGAGAUAAUCUUUCUCAGUCGUGAGGAUGACCAGGUCAAAAGGAAUGGUCAAAGGAUAAAUCUUUGUGAAGUUGAAAAGACAGUACUGAAGCUGGAAAAUGUCGCUGACUGUAGAGUUGUAUUUGAUCAGAAGAAACUUCUGAUUUUUGUCAUAUCACAAGGCACAAACAAAAUAGUUCCACUGGAAAUACACCACUGGAUACAAAAAUGCCUUCCUUCUCAAUACUGGCCUGACAGUGUUGUUAUAGUUCCCAAAUUUCCUGUCACCAAUCAUGGUAAACUGGACAAGACUAAAUUACUACAAACAUGUUAUGAGCCUGGGACUGUAAUGAAUGUUGACACAGCUAGGAGGAUACCUGUUAUUGUCGAGAAGAUCUGGAUGGAUAUUCUGCUAAGAGAUGAAAGACCAACCACAAACACAAGAUUUAUUACUAGUGGAGGUGACAGUCUGUUGGCAGUUCAGUUUUCAGACAAAAUAGAAUCAACUUUCAACAUAAGACUUCCCAAACUUUUAGAUGUUGUUUUACAUGAUGUAUAUACUGAUAUCCUUGGCUAUAUAGAGGGAUGCCUCUGUGAUCAAAUACCACUACAACAAAACAGUCGAAAGGAGAAGGCGUGUUCACUAAAUCAUCUCAAAGCAUCAAAUAACACUGAACCAGUAUUAAAAAGAUUAAGGACAGAAAACUUGAAUGUAAAUUACGUGGAUGAUUUAAUAGAAAAAAAGAAAUUAGAUUUAUCCAUCAGUCUUAAAAAUAAUGAAUUGAUUAAAAAAAGGAAAUGUGCUGAUAAAGAUAAUUUAGAAAUUUACAAAGAUGAAAAUCAAGGCAAAAAGAUUAUAUGUGAUGAAUCGCUGAUAAGAAGUAAAGACAAUCAUUAUAAGUCAUUUGGUGACCAAAUAAUCUGGUCAGUUGGGAGAGGAAACAGCGGUAUGAAUAGAGGAACUGAUAUGAAAGCAGAUUUAAGGAGAAAAUACAGAUCUUUCUACCACAGUAGUACAUCUGAUCUCCAAACACCAGACAGUAACCUGGAAGGACAACAGGCAGAAAACCUCUGUGGAUAUACACCACACCAGAGAGAUAUAAUCUUGAGUGUCUGUUGGAAAGUUAACACAGGCAAAUGUGUGGAUGCCUCACCUGUUAUAGCCAGAGACAGGAUUGGGGGACAUACAGUAUACAUUGGCUCCCAUUCACAUGAGUUUACUGCCAUCACCAUGGAGACAGGAGAGGUGAAGUGGAAGACAACACUGGGUGAUCGCAUUGAGUCAUCAGCUUGUGUCAGUGCUUGUGGACAUUAUGUCAUUGUAGGAUGUUAUGAUGGAACUGUUUAUGUGAUGGAGCAUUUGACAGGAGAAAUCUGGUGGAAGUACAAAACCGGGGCAGAGGUGAAAAGCUCGCCUGCUGUGGAUCCUCAAACAGCUGUUAUCUAUGUAGGAUCACAUGAUCAACAUCUGCAUGCUUUAGAUUUAAAGAUGAGAAUGUGUCUGUUUAAGACUUAUCUGGGAGGAGGAAGCGUGUUUUCGUCUCCCUCUGUGAAUUCUUUACUUCACACUGUCUAUGUUGGGACGCUGUCUGGUGCUGUGUCGGCUGUAGACUCAAGAAAUGGUGACAUCCUGUGGACCUACGACUGUAAAAAGCCUGUAUUUUCGUCUCCUUUUGUAUCAUCAGAGGGCAUUUAUAUCGGCUGUGUGGAUGGGUGCCUGUAUCAUCUGUCCACAGAUGGUGUUCUGAUUUGGUCCUUUCACACUCUGGGUCCAGUGUUUUCCUCACCAGCAACUUAUCUACAACUUCGGCAGCAAGAUUUAAAAUCAUAUAAAAAUAAAUCAUCCAAUCAGAUGAUCGUAUUUGGAUCACAUGAUCACUGUGUAUAUUUUUUAUCAUAUGAUGGUAAGUUAUUAUGGAAGAAGAAGUUGGAUUCUCCAGUAUAUUCUACACCUUUUUGUUUUGAUUUGAUGUUUGAUGAACAGUGGAAACAAUCUCAGAUUCGUUUUGAGUAUGAAAGUGUUAAUUCAUCUAAAGAGGAUUCUGUGCCUGUUGAGGGAGAUGUUAAUGUGAUAAACGGAUCAAAGUCACAUCAACAAGAAAAUAUGACAAAUUCAAAUAUUAACUUUUCCUUAAAUCAACGUCAUGUGCAAGAAAAUUGCUGCACCAAGUUCGGAAUUUCUGGUGAAAAAGACUUUAAUUUUGAAUCUAUGGAAAGUGAUGAACUUUCUGGUGGAAAAAAUAAAACAAAAUAUGGACCCACGGAUGUAGAGUGUUGUAAUGAUUUAACACAGUGCAAUAUCACAGGAACAUUAGUACAUCAGCUAAGUGAUAAAGUAAAUUCUAAUGUUGAAGAGUUGUCAAAGGACCUUACAGUGCCUGAAAAUCAGGAGUCAAAGUUAUUGGUACCUGAACGGUUUACAUCACAAGUUGGACAUAAAGACAUGUUAGAUUGUCAGCAAUACACAGAAAAUCCCAUGUCAAGGUCACCACAUCACAUUAUGCCUUUGUGUGUAGUUGCCACAACAACAGGAAGUAUCCACGUGAUUGACAGACGUGUUGGACAGGAAGUGGGAAUGGUGAGGCUCCCUGGGGAGGUUUUCUCCUCUCCUGUUGUUUGUGGAAACAAUAUCAUAGUUGGCUGUCGGGACAAUUAUGUUUACUGUCUCAAGGUCACUCCUGGCACCACCAGCACAGAUGCCAACAAUACCUGAUAACUAGGAAUGCCAACCUUCAACUAACGACAUACAAGUUGUGCAAUAAAUUACGUUUUAUUAGUUAA